AAUGUGAUUGAAAUCUUUUUUGAGUUGAAUGUCUGAAAAGCCAUUUGAACCUGAAAUAAAAGGGGUCGGUGUAUUGACUGCAAACAGAAAGAGAGAGUCAGAGGCGGACAGAUAUCGGGUAUGGAUGUGUACAUAGCUGAAACGCCAGAUGAUUGAAUUCAUUCACAAUUAGGUUGGUUUUCAUUUGGACCUUCACUUCACAUGCUCAGGUGCAUAUAUUUGCGGUAUAAAAGUCCUGUCAUGGAACUUGUCUGUACAAUAUCACGGUUUCUCUAAACUAGAACUUGUACUUAAUCUAUUGUUAGUGACUUCUCGACUCCAUUUGUUCAAUGGACAACUCAUUUCAAAGUCCUUCUCCAGAAAGGAACAAUCUAGCUACAAGUGUGAAUACUAGGGAAACGGUUUCUGGAAUACGUUUGGUCUCUUCUAGGUCUAAGUCUUUUGCUCGUGAAUCUUUGGAAAAGCUUGUCACACUUAAUGGUGGAAAACUUGGAAGUGGAACUUUUGGUCAUGUAGCAGUUUUCUUAGUCAAAGUUGCUGUUUUAGAGGCUAUACGGAAGCUCUCAAAAUCUAAAUAUCCAUUUAUAUGGUCUGGGCUGCAAGCAUUGCAAGUCAUUUCCUAUUCACCAUUUAAAUGGAUGCAAAGAUGGGUUCCUUUCCGAGUUCUGGCGAAAGGCAUGAAGAUGUUAUCGAGGCCCUUACUGUUUCUUUCUGUUGCAACUGCUUUUACUGAUGAAUAUGGGAGAGAUAAUGUAAACCCAGAUGGUCUAGAAGAAUCUCAUGGGUUAAGCAACUUCCAAGCAGCUCAGGAAGAAAAUUCUGAUAUUCUUCAUGUUCAAUCUUUACCGAAUACAGAGACAAAUGAUGAAGCUACUCAAAGUCUUCAACCUACAAGCUGGUUGCAGCGCUUUUACAUGGAGUUUGAAAAUGAAGGGAUUGCUUUACCUGAAAGAAUUAACGAAGAUGAACUCUAUAAAUUUUACACUGCUGCAAAUGGUGAUUUUACAUGCUUCUUAUCAUCAGUUAAGAAGACAAUUCGAUGGAGGGAGACUUACAGAAUGCUUUCAUCUGAAGAACUUGAGAUGUGGUCAAACUUGGUAUUCUGGCAUGGCACUGAUGUGAAACAGAGACCCUGCCUUGUUGUUCGCCUUGGGCUAGCCUGUGUAAGCUUGCCAUCUAAUGACAGACCUCGCUUUGCUCAAGCAGUCGUAUCACAAGUAGAGUUGGGGGUCUUGCAUCUGGUUGACAACCAAAAUCCUCAAAUUACAGUUUUGAUGGACUGUGAAGGGUUGACUUCUCUAGGAUUUCCCAUGCAAAUGAUGCGAUCGUGUUCUACACUUCUGCAAGAUAAUUUUCCAAACCGUCUUGGUUGUCUGCUUGUUAUACGACUUCCUCCAGUAGCCCGAGUUAUUGCACAAACUGUGAUUCAAGUUCUGAAGCCUAUUACUCGUCAGAAGUUGAAUGUCAUUGGAGGGAUGUACGAAGAUAUUCUCCAUUCACAUCUCCAAACACUUCCAUCAUAUCUUGGUGGAGCAUGCAUGUGUACCACGUGUGUGAACCUCAACACCUGGUCCAUGCAGCCGUCUCAUAUAAAUGAGGCAGCUAGAAGUCAACAGAGAAAUGAACAAGAUGCUAGCAGUGAAAAUUUUCUAUUACCUCAUUCUCAUACCCCAAUCGAUACUUACACCAAUGGUAACUACGACCAUGUUUUGAGAACAGCAGUUAUAACCAUCCUCAUCAUCUGGGCUAUAAUUGCAUUACUAAGUGGCCUAACUGAAACCUGAAUUCUUUCCUGUGAGGUACGAGUCCUACCUAUAUAUCUCACAGGGCCACCAUCUUCUCAAAGCUGCAUGCUCAUGUAUUUGAUAAAUUCGCUGUUGUCUGUUGACAUUUCUUGUUCAAUAUUGACACAUAGAUAUAGAUAUGUAUAAUAAUAAUAAUAUGUGUAUGUGUUGAAUUAAGUUGUUUUGUAUUCUGCUGAUAUAGGUAGAACACAUAUGUAAGCCUAGACUUCACUGACUUGAGAUGUUCUGUAGGUUAAACUAUUCUUGCAAUGUUGAGAGAAUAAAUUAGUAGUAAUGUUUUAAUA